CAAAAAAAUAAAUAAAUAAAUAAAUAAAUAAAAAUCAGAGGCUUAAAAAAAAAGAGCAUAAAAUCAGAUGAGAUGAUAAACUCAAAUUCCCAUGAGUUACGUGUGUUUUCUGCAACAUAUUUUUUGAAGCUUGGAUAAAUAAUGCAAAUAAAAACAUUUCUUAAGUCCAGAUAUUUCUUUCACCUCGGAAAAUCACGAAACACCAACUAAUUCAUAAUCUCAGCAUUGCACAAGAAAUCAAAGUUUCCUUUCAACUGACAGAGUGUUUUAUUGGGGCAGUGCUGCCAUGUUAGAGCUGCUUGCUAAUGUUCAUUAAAUAUUUGUUAGCACAGAUCUAUAAAUAUCACAUGUCACUGAAUGGCUUCAGAGCGGCGCCACUGCUGCUAACAUGACAUGGAGAGAGAAAUUCCAGCAUUGCUGCUCGUACAGUCCUGGCUGAGCUCAUUCCUUUUCUUGAAUCCUUCCUGACUUAAUUCCUUGAUUGCUUCCUUGAUUGCUUCCCCACUCUCUUACUCGCUUCCCCACAUGCAAAGGAUUAAAUUGAAGUUUGGGGCAGUUUAAAUCAAUACUUAUGGUCGAACUAGGCCUGUAGUAGAAGGCAUCCAUGUGCAUGUAAGGUAAUUAUACAGUUUACAGGCAAGGCGGGAUGCAAGCAGGGCAAGAAAGGAACUGAAGAAGGAAUUACACCUAAAGGGUGUAGGGGGUGAGAAGAUUGGAGAGGGUCCCAGCCUUUUUUUCCAGGCUCAACCAUGAGAGACAAAUGUCUGAAAGAAUCAAUUAUAGGCCUACUCCCAACCCAUCGCCCCUGAUUAAUGAAUAAUUAAAGCUGCUCAGUGCGAGGCUACCUAGCAUAGAUAAUAUAAGAUUAACCAUGGGCCUAUCAACAUAAUGUAAAGUUAUGCAGACACAACGUCUCUUAAUUUAGCCUAAAUUAGAUUGAAUAGACUUGUCGCUGAGGGGUUAAUAGCCUUCAAUCUAAUCUAUCAUCCAAGUUUUCACUAUAGUGGAAUAAAGAUGACCACCUAUAAUGUUUGCUGUAUGUUUAGGGGAAAUUAAGUAAUGCCUUAAUGAGUAUAUUAUUGUCAUUGUUCUUCUAUAUCAGUUGUUCCCUAUGACAACAGGUAAAGUGAUACCUGGGCCAUACACCACUAAAUCUAGAUUGCUUUUGCAAUGCAUGAAUGUGAAGACUAUAAUAACUGAAUUAUUCAUACAUUUUAUUUUCUCAUUAGAAUUUAUUUAUCACCAGCCUUCAGUGUGGCAUGCAGGCUAUCCAUCAAAUUGCCACUACUGUGAUGUGAUGCAAUUUUGGGACAAGCCAGUGCAGACUGGAGCCCGUCCUCAUCAUCCACACGAGCAGCACUGCAUAAGAGACAGUAGCACCCUCAGACUGACAGACAGUCCUGCGAACCAACCUCCACAUAACUGUAGACGGUUUUUUUUUCUUUUCUUUUCUUUCUUUUUUUUUUUUUUUAAUUCUUAAAUAAAAAUUCGGAUCUGGGGGAUGGCUUUGCCCUUACAAGUCCGAGGCGGGACUGUAGGGCCACUUAAAACCGCUACCCCCGCCGGUACUUGUAGUGCGCCCCUCCUCGGCAUGUCUCAUGUUGACAUGCGUAAAAAACUACACUUCCCCAAAGCUGUCACGGAGCGCUCCCGCCUGCCAUUGGCUGCCCGCUCCAGCCGCAGCCCCAGAGAAUGAAUGAAAUUGAAAUAGCUGCUACAUUACAUGUACAAUACCGGGCUCUGCAGUGUUGCAUUCUAUCAUACUAUAUCAAAAUGGCCACAGCGGUACAGAACCCCCUCAAAUCGCAAUCUGGAGGUGCAGUCAUCAAGAACAGUCUUGGUGAGGAGUUCUAUAAGGAGGCCAUCGAACACUGUCGCAGCUACAAUGCCCGCCUGUGUGCCGAGCGCUCCAUGCGUCUCCCCUUCCUGGAUUCCCAGACCGGUGUGGCCCAGAGCAACUGCUACAUCUGGAUGGAGAAGAAUCACCGUGGACCAGGUCAUGCUCCAGGUCAGUUGUACACAUAUCCCGCUCGUUGCUGGCGCAAGAAAAGACGGCUAAACAUCCUGGAGGACCCGCGGCUCGUACCGAUCGAGUUCAAGAUUGACUACGAAGCCUCUCUAAAGAAGGAGGGGGGCAUCCCAGACGGUCCUGUGCUGGAGUCGCUGCUCGCGGGGGAAACCCUGGACAAGAAGGUAGAAACCAAGGAAGAAGAGCCAAUGAGCGAGUGUCAGAAGCUGCUGGUCGGGGAUUUCCCUCAUGAGCUGGAGGUGGAUGAGAUGGAGGAAGACGUCCCAAAGCGCAAGAACCGUACCAAAGCACGGGCCUAUGGUGUCGGCGGUAUGAGGAAGAGACAAGAGCCGCCUGCCAUUGAAGACAGAGACAAGCCUUACGUCUGUGACAUCUGUGGAAAGCGCUAUAAGAACCGCCCAGGGCUGAGUUACCACUACACUCACACACACCUGGCAGACGAGGAGGGGGAAGAAGACUCUGAGCGACACACACUACCCUUCCAACGCAAGAACAACCACAAGCCCAAGAAAGCACCAGACGGCUCAGUGAUCGCCAACGGCUACUGCGACUUCUGCCUUGGAGGCUCAAAGAAGACUGGCUGUCCCGAAGACCUUAUCUCCUGUGCGGACUGUGGACGCUCAGGCCACCCGUCCUGCCUGCAGUUCACAGUGAACAUGACGGCUGCGGUGAGGACUUAUCGCUGGCAGUGCAUCGAGUGCAAGUCCUGCAGUCUGUGUGGCACCUCUGAGAACGACGACCAGCUGUUGUUCUGUGAUGAUUGCGACAGAGGCUACCACAUGUACUGUCUGAGCCCUCCCAUGUCUGAACCACCGGAGGGGAGCUGGAGCUGUCAUCUGUGUCUGAGACAACUGAAGGAGAAGGCCUCAGCCUACAUCACCCUCACUUAAUCUGCAAGGCUGUGCCUCAUCCUCUCGGCCCUUCAUCCUCUCCCUAACCACCUCUCCGUCACCCCUCUCUGUGCCUCAGCUGCCCCCCUCCUCCUCUGACCCACUCGCCACCGCUUCCUCUACAAUCCGUCCCAGUGACCUUUGACACGACUGAGCACACAGCACCCGCGGCGCUGCACCCAUUCAUGACAUCUGUCCAGCGGCGAGCCAACCUCCGUCUUUUUUGUGUCACGCGCAUUCCCUGAUGUACUUGACCUGACACCCACCCCACCUCCUUCCUGCUCCGUCUCAACAGAGGAAUUCAUCAGCUGGCAAUAAGUUUGCUAGCGAGACACACACUCCAGCCUGCCAAGGGCACUUCAGAGGCAUACUACUCCGCAGGAACCCUCUUAAGGGCUCUCGGAAGAGCCCUAAUGAUCUUCAGCUGCAACUCAGUCAAGUAGUGAGAGUGAGAAUUAAUAAGAUGGAUAGGUGUAAGGCCGAGGACAGGGCAUGGAAGACCCUGAUAACCAUGGAGCAGUGUGUUUCAGUGUUAGCCAACUGUGAAAUAUACACCUAACCAAAAUGUCAUUUACUCCCUCCGUCCUUUACCGUGUACGGCAGAGCUGAGAUGUUGAACUCUGCUCCAUUAUUUGUCCGUGCAGUUUCAAGGGGGAAUGAAUUGUACAGAAUUCAGACUGAGUCUCUAUCUACACACUGUUGAAAAGUCCCCUCGCCAGCGAAACGAAGAGUAUCUGGUCAGGAUCUCGGACCAUCUUUGACUUCACUGUGUCCUCUCUCCUUGCAUGGGGUUUCCACAAAUUAAUGAUGCAUUUUGGGAUGGACACUGAGGGCUUUAGUGUUCGGACGUGAUCCUCGGAUGAGAGAGAGAUGGAUUUUUCUCUAAUCAGCUGUCUCUGAUCAAACAAUGUAUUUAAAAAUGACAAUUUAGGCUUAGCGUCUCUCACAAAUCCUUUACCUGACCUUUACCCGCCCUUUCCUUCUAUCAAACGAUGACUGUGAAGCCAAUGCGAGACUGAAACACUCCUGGUGCUGGGUGUGUAUUAUCUGUGUGUCAAGAAUGUAGGAUUGAUGUGUGGACAAUGCAGAUCUUCUAAAAAACCUUCUUUUUUAUGGUUCCUUUUUUAUUUGUGUUUUUAUUCAUUUGCAUGUUGUUAUUUCAAUUGUUUUUAAAGACUUUUGAUUGAAUUUGAAAAGAAAGCACACUUAAUUCGCAAUAACGUGUUUGUGAUAUGAACUAUUUUGGCCAAACUGGGUGUGUUUUAAACUGUGCGUGCCUGUGUGUCUGUUUGUGUGAGUUUAUCUGAGCACUACAGUAACUGUAGCCAGCUCCACGCCUGUUGGUACGUGUGAGUAUUUGAGUAGCACGAAGGUAAUGUGAAUGUUAGAAAGAUCGGCAUUUUUACAGAGGUGGGACAAAGCAAGUGUUUUGCAAGUCACAAGUGUCAAGUCUUGGCAGUGGAGUUCUAAAUCAGGGCCAACAAGUGUGCGAGACACAGUUUGACAUUGUGGGAAAUGAAUACAAAAUUCAGCAUUAAAAAGUUAUGAUUAUAUGGGGAUAGACAUGCGAUAUUUCCUUUUUCCUUGGAUGGCUAAUGAAAUAUCCAAUCACAUGGAGCCUCAGCUCCUUACCCUAACCAUAAUCUUCUUGGGUUUGACAUU